AUCAACGUCCUCCCAACCAUCACUCUCAACACCUCAUCAUCCAUCGGCCUCUCUGCAGCCGGCAACUUCGCGACACUCUUCAAGGGUGAAUCCUCGCCGCCAGUGCCCUUCGGUCCCGCCGUGCUCCCCCCAAAAGCCCCCCCGAGCACCGGCACCAUGGCGCUCGACCAGUACUAUCACAACAAGAUCGAGGCGAUGAAGCUGGAGAUCCUCAAGGGUCAAGCAGCUCUGCGCCGCCUCGAGGCUCAGCGGAACGACUACAAUUCCCGGGUCCGGUUACUACGGGAAGAGUUGGGGCUGUUGCAACAACCAGGGUCCUACGUAGGCGAGGUGGUCAAGGUCAUGAGCACCAAGAAGAUACUCGUCAAGGUGCACCCUGAGGGCAAAUACGUUGUCGAUGUGUCCGACAACGUCGACGUCGCCAAGCUUACCCCCGGAAAGCGCGUCACUCUCCUGUCCGACAGCUACAAGCUCGAGAAGCUCUUGCCCUCGUCCGUCGAUCCGCUCGUCUCUCUCAUGAUGGUGGAGAAGGUUCCCGACAGCACAUACGACAUGAUUGGCGGUCUGGAUCAGCAGAUCAAGGAAAUCAAAGAAGUCAUUGAGCUGGGCCUCAAGCAUCCCGAACUCUUUGAGUCACUGGGUAUCGCCCAGCCCAAGGGUGUCCUGCUCUACGGUCCUCCUGGUACCGGAAAGACGCUGCUGGCACGAGCCGUCGCCCAUCAUACGGCGUGUAAGUUCAUCAGGGUGUCGGGCUCCGAGCUGGUGCAAAAGUACAUUGGCGAGGGUAGCCGAAUGGUCCGAGAGCUCUUCAUCAUGGCACGAGAACACGCUCCGUCCAUCAUUUUCAUGGACGAGAUUGACAGCAUUGGCUCGUCGCGCGUGGAGGGGUCGUCUGGUGGCGACUCCGAGGUACAGCGGACAAUGCUGGAGCUUCUCAACCAGCUCGAUGGCUUCGAGCCCACCAAGAACAUCAAGGUCAUCAUGGCCACAAAUCGGCUGGACAUUCUCGACCCCGCCCUGCUGCGACCUGGCCGCAUCGACCGAAAGAUUGAGUUUCCCCCGCCAAGCGUCGAGGCGCGAGCCGAUAUCCUGCGCAUUCACAGCCGCAAGAUGAACCUGACGCGAGGCAUCAACCUGACCAAGAUUGCCGAGAAGAUGAACGGGUGCUCGGGCGCCGAGCUCAAGGGCGUGUGCACAGAGGCUGGCAUGUAUGCGUUGCGCGAGCGGCGAGUGCAUGUGACGCAGGAGGACUUUGAGCUGGCCACAGCCAAGAUCCUCAACAAGCACGACGACAAGGAGGUGUCGCUUGGCAAGCUAUGGAAGUAAUCGCGGGCAUAGGCGUCUCGGUAGCUGGGGUUUCAGCAGCGCUUGGCCCAAGGACCAGCGUUGCAGUGUGAAUAGAAACUGUACAACAUGGAAUGACUGGCACGUGUGAGGCGAGUUCUUUUAUGCAGACGUGAGCACACGACAAUUUCGCACGGUUGUUGCGGCGUAC